AUGCGCGACAUGUUCCGCCGCGACUCGGGGGCCAUCUCGCAAGCCGUUGCCAAGAAGCAAAACUCGCCGUAUGUGCCCAGCAUCCGGACGUACCCGUCUCCCGCAGCCACCGAGUCAAGCCGGCUCCGGUCGGCCAAGAUUGCCCGCGUGCAGGUCGGGCUCGACAUGGUCUGGAAGAAGCACCGGCAACAGGUUCCCGACUGGACAGAAACGUUCAACCUGCUCAAGCGGAUAACGCCAAAGGGGAGCGAGAGGCCGAGGAUGGCCGCCGUGAGGGUUGUGCUGCCUCCUUCGUGGGACGUUGCGCUGCGGAGCAAGCGGAUCCAGUUCUUGGACGCGACGACGGGGCUGGCGGCCAAGCUGCGAGUGUCUGCGGACCGUCACAGCCCGUGUGCGCUUGUGGUGCGAGGCGACAGCGCGGUCUUGGCCAAGGCUGCAGACGAGCUGACCAGGCUAGGCCCGGAGGUGGAGAUAUUCGAGCUCGGCGAGGUAGCCGCACUCGACUACAAGACGAAACGCCUGUGGCCGUCGGUCCAAGAGGGUGGCCCCUCGGGAGGGCCGCCCGCCAUGGGCGAGGACGGCAGCAGCGGCGGCGGCGGCGGCGUGGACGAUGACGACGGCAGCAGCCGCGUCUGGAUACACGAGGAGACGAACCACUACUGGGUGGACCGGCCGUACGAGCAGACGCCGAGACCAAAGACGUGGUCGAGGGAUUCGUUUGAGGCCUACGUCACCGCCCUCGCCUGCGGGCAGCUGCGGCCGCACCUGGCCAUGAAGCACUACAAGCAGCCGCGGCGAGACGGCAAGCUCGUCGACACGGACGGGAUUCGGAUCCGACUGAUCCUGAGGGCCUUUGCCGACCCUGCGGCCCGCGAGUGCGUCACGCCCCCUGCCCUCAAGAGGGCCAUCUCCUUCCUGGCGCAAAAGGGGGGCCACCGAGCCGCCGGGGAGUACCUGUUCACGCGCGCGGAGGAGUGGGGGCUGCCCAUGGACACGGAGAUGUUCAACAUGGUGCUCGACGGCUACGUGUCCAAGCGAGACGCGGCCUUUUUCCACCGGACCCUGCAGAAGAUGGAGCACCGCUACUUUGCCGCCGACGCGGCCACCUGGCUGCGCUUCCUGCGGCUGGUCCAGCGCGACGACGAGCGGCGGCAGAUCAUCGCGGCCAUGUACGAGCUCGGCCUGCUGGGAGCCGCGGCCACGCGCCGGGCCAUCGCGCGGGUCAUGGCGAGCUCCGACGCGUACGCCGCCUUCAAGGCGGGCAAAAGCCCCGAGAGGUUCAUGGCCGACCAGGUCCUGCGCUACGGCGCCGACUGGCUCGCCGGCGAAGCGGCGACGGCGAGCAGCGUCAUGACGGAGCUUCUACGCUUCAACCACGAGCCCGGCUCGCAGCUGGGCCCGCUGCAGCUCAUCCUGGACGGCCAGCGCGGCGGCGGCGACGGCGACGGCAAGCUGCAGGACAUGCGGGUCGUCCACGCCGUGCUGGACGCGUGCCUCGAGAACCGGGACUUUUCCACCGCCGUCUGGGUGCUGUCGUACAUGCACCAGCACUCGCCGUGCCAGCCCGACGCCGAGACGUACCGCCGGCUGACGAGCCUGGCCAUCGCCGCCGGGUGCCCCUCGUCCCUCGGCGUCCUCUUCUUCUACGGCGCCCUGGGCCGGCACCUCCGCGGCCCGGUCCGCAAGCCGCUGCGGGACGUGCUCCUCGCCCGGCUCAUGGGCAGGUCCCCCGUGCACAUCUUCUCGAGCCACAUGGCGCGGCUGCUGCGCGCCAGCAAGGUCGCCCACGAGACGGCCGCCGUCGCCGGCGCCGAGUGGGCCAUCCUGCGCACCUGCCACGGCUACGUGCCCGUCCGCGGGCUCGCCGCCGCCCUCGAGACCACCUGGCGCACCAUGGACCGCCCGCGCCUGUGGCACGCGCGGCGCUUCGCCGGCCGCGACGGCGCCCACCUCGCCAUGCCGGCGCUGGCCGUCAAGCUGCGCCAUGCCGAGGGCCGUCUGCCCAGCAAGCUGGUGCACCUGGACGCGGCCUUUGAGCCGGGCGACAUGAUCCGGCGGCGGGAGCCGGACGGGCAUCUACCUUGCACUCGGUGCCACCGCUUUGUCCUCGGCAACACCAAGCACCACUGCCUGAAUUCGUGCUUGUACUCGGCUUUGGAGCCACUUCGCCCUCGGCAGAUACUAGGCACUGCCUGA